GUACCCGGGCCGCGGACCCUUUCGAAUCGCACCAUCCGCCAUCUUGCUUCGCGAUCGAAUGACGCAGAGGCUUGCUUUUUGAGUGAGAAUAGAUUCGUUCUCCGAAGCUGGUUGUGGAUGAAUUCUAAACGCAGCCAUUGAAGGAUAGUUUGUACAGUCUGUCCCGGGGAACCGGUCUUCAUCUCGCCGAGCGUGGAACCAUAAAUAUAUAUCGUAUCGAGCGGAAAAUGUCAAGUAACGCAGGACCCUCUGGAAGCCGCUCAGGAAGAUCCACUUCAAAUUCAAGCUCUCAAGAGAAGGAAUCCAAGGAAGGCGGAGCUAGACUAAACCCCAAGAUGUCCAAAGCACUUUCUACAUCCGCAAAACGUAUCCAGAAAGAACUGGCAGAAAUCACUCUCGAUCCACCACCGAACUGCAGUGCCGGUCCCAAGGGUGACAAUAUGUACGAAUGGGUAUCGACGAUUCUCGGACCUCCAGGGUCGGUGUACGAAGGUGGUAUUUUCUUCCUCGACAUCCACUUCACGCCGGAGUAUCCUUUCAAACCGCCAAAGGUCACAUUCCGUACGCGCAUAUAUCACUGCAACAUAAAUUCUCAAGGAGUGAUCUGCUUAGACAUACUGAAAGACAAUUGGUCACCGGCUCUUACAAUCUCUAAGGUUCUUCUCUCAAUUUGCUCUCUGCUGACCGAUUGUAAUCCUGCGGAUCCCCUGGUAGGCUCCAUUGCCACUCAGUUCCUACAACAUCGUGAGGAACACGAUAGGACGGCACGUCUUUGGACCAAACGUUACGCCAACUAGAAGUUCCAAUGUUUUCAACUCGGCUUCCCGUUCACUCGAGUCGUGCAGAACCACAUGAUCUAUAGGAGGUGAUCACGAAUCAAGAGAAACUGAACAAUAAGAAUUCUGAUCCUCGCGGAGGGGAACGGUCGAUCG